AUGCCUGGAGGGCCUCUCUUCCUCACUCUGAGAGGCAGCCAGGAGCCUCCACCCACAACAUUCAGCAGUCAGACAUCGCCACCUGGUUUCCUAGAGCAUGAACUCCAUCUAGACUCCUACCUCCUGAGAUACCUGAAGGAGAGCCCUGGGGCUGGAAGAGACCUGCAGCAGCAGCUGUCCUCUCUGGGCUGCUCUGUCCACCUCCAUCCAGAGGACAAGAGGGCAGUGGUCAGAAGCUCAGGCCAAGCUGGGUCAUGUGGAGAUGGGGUUGGGGCGGGACCAUGGAAGACACAGGUCGAGAGACUCUUCAAACAGCUCCAGGAGCGGUACACAUGCCACUAUGAGGUAGACCCAUGUAAGCGCCAGACUCUGCUGCAGAGCAGUACCCUGGGUUCGGAGGAUGUGAGGGUUUACUGCGAAGCAGCGGAAGGGUUUGCGGUGGUGGUUGGGGAGGGGCCCGAGGUCCAGGCCAAGCUGAAGGAGCUGGAGACCUUCCAGGGUCAGGGUCUGAGCUCCUGGACGCAGGAGAAGAUCAGCACCACCUGUCGUCUGGGACAGUCCAAACUCCGGCUUCUAGAGGAAGUUAUAGAGAAGGAUUUGGGGGAGGCUGUUCCAGGGGUGAGGGUGACGCGCAGUGACUCAUCUCAGCUGGUGCUGGAUGGUUCAGCAAGUGAUGUCUGGACAGCCAGACAGUUAGUUACAGAUAAAAUCUCUCUGGUGCUGGAGCGGGUGGUGCCUGCGGUGUCCCCCCACCUCCUGUACUUCCUGAGGGAUGAGUAUGGGAGGUCUGGGAACCUGAGCAGUCUGCUGGGGUUGGGACUCCAUGUGGAGGUAGAGCUGGGGGAUACAGAGCUCCGUCUGUUCUCCCUCUCCUCUGGGAAUCUGGAGCAGGCUGAGAAGAAUCUGCUGGGAAAGUUUGGGGAGGAGAAGAUUGAUGUGCCCAACUGUGGCACCCUGCCAUCUGAACUGAAAUCCAAGCUUGAGAAGAAGGUGAAGGAGAUGAACCAGAGCAGAUGCAGGGUGGUGACAAGGUAUGGUCCUGGGUGUAGAGUGCAGUUGCUGGGCCACGUGAAGGAGGUUCAGGAGCUGAGGGAGGAGAUCAGGGCCUUUCUGAUAGACCAGUCCAGUGUGGAGGAGACAGUGUGUCUCCCUUACCCAGAGAUUGCUGACCACCUACCAGAACUGCUGGAGAGGAUCGGUGUGGAACACACUGGGGUGACCCUCUACCCCUCAGCCUCAUCCAUCCAUCCCACUGUGGUGCUCUGUGGACCCUCUGUCCGGGUGGCCCAGGUUAGGGACAGGUUGGGUCCCGCUCUGGCCUCCUUGGUCCACCAGACUGUGACCAUAGACCAGCCGGGGGCGCUUCGCUACUUCCAGGGCCUGGGAAGGGAGUACCUGGGAGUGGUGGGUCGCUCUCAACACUGCCUCAUCCAGCUGCACAACCACGGUGGUGUUGCCGGCGAAGCUCGCGCUGGACCAAUACUGGAGGAGAUGGUCACAGCCACCAGCUAUCGCCUCCAGCGGGGGCUGCAGGUUGUGGUACGUCAAGGUGACAUCACCAAGGAACAGGCGGAUGCGCUGGUGAACCCAGCCAAUGAGGACCUGGAUCACGCUGGUAGCGUGGCUGCAGCUCUAAGCCGUGCGAGGGGGCCUGAGGUACAGCAGGCCAGCAGAGAUCUGGUUAGGCAGAUAGGUAGAGUGCCCACAGGUACAGUGGUAGGGACUACAGGAGGGAAGUUGCCUUGUAAGAUGCUGCUGCAUGCAGUGGGACCAGUAGGGGGCAGCGUAGGUGGGAAUGAGCGCCCUCUGCUGGAGAAUACAGUAAAGGCAGUCCUGGAUCUGGCAGAGGCCCUGGAGCUCCAGACCUUGGCCAUGCCCUGCAUCAGCUCAGGGUUAUUCGGCGUUCCUCUGAAGGUGUGUUCUGAGGCCAUAGUCUCUGCAGUGAGGGACUUUGGGAGGGAACAGCACAUCCUUACCAAGGUCACUCUGAUUGAUGUGAGAGGAGAGGCAGUGAGAGCCAUGCAGGAGGCCUGUGAUAGGCUGUUACAGGGUAAGAGGGAGAUUCCUAAGUGGGAGAGAAUGUCGAGCACCACCACGACCACUACACAUGCUCCUCAGAGAGACACCACUGCUGCCUCCACCAGGGGACCAGCUGCUCCAGAGGUCUGUGUCCAGGUGGAGAUCAUCCAGGGAACCAUAGAGAAACAGGAGGCAGCUGGACCAGGGCUGAUGAAAGCGUUUGCGAGGAAAUCAGGGGGAUGGACUGCACCUGGUGACAACGUCCUGGUGGAGGGACUGUCUGGUCUCAGCUCUGGCAGCGUCUUCUUCCUCAGCUGUCUACAAUGGGACAACAACCUCCACGGAGCAGCAGUACAGGCUCUGAGGCAGGGUGUGAGGAAAGUUCUAGCCUCUUGUGAGAUCCAGGGAUUCUGUUCUGUUGCCUUUCCUGUACUUGGAACUGGUGUAGUUCUCCAGUUCCCUCACAAUGUGGUAACACAGGUUCUGCUAGAAGAGAUCCGUAGUUAUGAACAGAAUCGAGCGAGCAGAACCCCCUUCCUUGUCCGCAUUGUUAUCCAUCCCAAUGACAGAGAUUCUACCAAGGCUUUCCAGACUUCCCAGUGUGCUUUGCAUGUCAGAGGGUUUGUAAUGGAUGCUUCUCCAGAUCAGACCUCCUUCUAUCGCCACGUCUCAACCACUCAGGACGAGGUCUCUGCCACGCUGGGCAGUGUCAAGCUACAACUGGUCUUUGGUGACAUCACCCGUGAGACCACUGAUGUCAUCGUCAACACCACAGACUUCUCAGCCAACCAUUCAGGUGUCUCCAAAGCUAUUCUGACUGCUGCAGGUUCCACAGUCCAAGCAGCGUUAGCACAAGUGGGUGUGCCAGAAGGCUUGAUGUGCACCACAGGGCCCGGUGCACUGGGCUGCAAGGAGAUCGUUCACGUCAGCUUUAAAUGCGACACACAGAGGAUCAGCAAGGUCUGUGGGAAGAUACUGAAACAGUGCGAGAGAAAUGGCUACCGCUCUGCAGCCUUCCCUGCAGUCAACACUGGAGCUGCUCGAGCAGACUCUGUCUCUGUGUGUAAGGCCAUGUUGGAUGGCAUGGCGUCAAGUGUGAGGGAUUUGUCCCCCAACAUCCUCUCUGUCAUCCGCAUUGUCAUGCUGCAGAGACCCGUCUUCCAGGCAUUCAGGUCAGAGCUGGAGAGCCGACUGGGAGCUAUCGCUCCAAUCCCAACACUGAACGAGAGAGCCCAACAGAUACUGAAGAAGAAACUGAGCAUUGGCUUUUCCUCCCCCUCGCAUGGCUCCCUUCCCCCUCCUCAUGCCCUUCCAGGCCUCACCAUCACCCCCUGGAGACCGCCCCCGGUGGUGCUGAGCGUGGUGGGGCGCGGGGUGGACACAAUCAGGGGGGCCAGGCGGGAGCUGGAGGCCAUCUUGCAGAACCAGCUGACUCAGAGAGAUGUGAAGGGAGAGGACCUGUGCAUGCUGGGAGAGGUGGAGCUGCAGGCCGUGCAGAAGAAUGCCAAGGUCCUGGGAGUGAGCCUGGAGCUGGGUAGAGUUCAGAGGACAGGAGGGGUGGAAGCUGGGGCUGGAGCUGGAGGUGGAGCUGCGACUGGAGAGGGGUUUUAUGUUCUCCGAGGCCUGAAGGAGGACGUUCUGAGCGUGCGCGAGGUGCUGGACAGUGCGCUCAGUGGCGCCCUCCGCAGGGAGCUGCAAGAGAGAAAUGAGGCACUAAUGGCCCUCAGUGUCCAGUGGUCUAUGUGCAGGCAUGGUGACGUUUGGGAGGAGCUGGGGAUGCAUGACAACUACCAUCUGGAGCAGGCACACCUAAGAGGAGAUGUCUCAGCAGAGCUGGAUGUCCCAGAUGGGAGCAAAGUCAGGGUGAACCUGAAGAACAACAUGGCCACUGACUGGAAAACGGGUUGCACCUAUAAGAUGAAGCGAGAGGAGAGUGAAAAAUUGCCAUCGUACUGGGAUGAUAUGGCCGCUGGUGAAACGCUGAAGAGAGUGCUGCUCUCGCCUACCUCGUCAGAGUACCAGGCGGUGGCACAGGCAUUCCAAAGCACCACGGCAACACAAUUCGCCAUCCACAAAGUAACAGACCAACAACCUGACACGCCACAACCUAACACACAACCAGCUGCUUAUAAUGAUUAUACUGUAUCUGGUAGUAUAGAAAAUUAAAAUACAAAAAUAUAAAUGCAACAUGUAAAGUGUUGGUCCCAUGGUUCAUGAGCUGAAAUAAAAGAUCCCAGAAACUGGUUUUCUGAUCCACGCCCCUACUUUUUUAAAAAAGGUAUAUGUG